AUGGAUGAUGUUGGUGACGAAGAGGUGGUGGGCAUGCAUGCAGACAAAGAUGACUUAAACAGCUUGCUCAUGUCAACGAAAACGGCGUCGGAGUAUGGUGUUGAGGCUAGCGGGCGGUGGGUUUCACGCCCGAAGAAACGUGCCAGCAGGAAACCAAUGGACGCUGGGGUGAGUACUUAUGACGUUCAAAAGAAAUCACGCGCAGAACAUAGCACAAAUGGCGUGUCACAGGCGGGUGUUGACGGCAACACUGGUGGGACAAUUGAUGGAACGAGCGAGCCUUUUCUAUCAUCUGAUAGGGUCUUGGCCCCGUGCCCACGUGAGGUAAUGGUUAAUCGUGUCAUGGAGUACGUAAUGAUGAGGGAGUUGGGUGGCCGUCACAACACCACGCAAUGUGGCGAGGAAGGAUUCGCUCCCUUUCGUGCGGCGCUGCUUGCCGAAACUGCUUCAAUGAGACCAGUGGCGGAAUACGAUGUCAUUCACUCAGUACGCGGCAUGUCUAGUGUUCCUUGCCACGAAAAGGCACCGGAUGCUGUUGUGCAAUACCGCAGGCGGUUGUACUGUUGCUCCUACGAUAGGGACCUGGUGGGUGGCCACUCGUCAGGCAAACCGCCCCAUACGCGGGAACACCUGCGCGCGCUUGUAGGCUCGGGGCUUAGAGGUAAAGGAUCAGGUGAGACCGUGCCUGUGCGCACCACUUCCCAAGCAAUUUGUGAAGCAGGUAAACCAGAUGUGAAAGCUGGCACAAAUACGGUCCUGUUCGAUGACACUAGAUUGAAGCCGGCGAGUAGUUUCCUGCAAGACUCUUCCUCGGGUGACGACGAGAGUGUGUAG